UUCAACUGAAGGGCUUCUAUUGUUUUCAAUUCACUUUUUUUAUUAUAGCUUUUUAUUUACAAGAUACAUGCAUAGGUAAUUUUUCAGCAUUGAUAAUUGCAAAACCUUUUGUUCCAUCAAUUCACUUUUAUCACAAAGUGUUGAUAUAAAUAUUUUGGUCUAUAUGGGGAUUUUCUUAUUAAUGACUUCCUUGGGGAAUAAGUAUAGUAGUAGAAUCUCUGGUUCAAAGGAUAAUUUAAAUUCCAUAAUUCUAAAUUCUUUUCUAUAAGCUAUAAAAUUUCACAGUUCCACCAAAAAAAUGUUAGUGUAGUUAGCAUUCCACCAUUCUUCUUAUCUCUAAAGGAAUUCUUUAAAAAAAAUCAAAUAUCCUGAUAUUUCACCUCAUAGCCUGUAAACUGGUAAAGAAUAUGAAAAUAUAUGCAUAUGGUUUUUGUGUGUGUGUGUGUGUGUGUGUAUUUGUAUUAUAUAUAAUUGCAUUUUUAAGCCUUCAUUGACUUAGGACUUAUCUGAGAAUCCAUCUACUAUCAGACCAACUACAAAAUAUACAAGUUAUCUUCUUUUACUUCUUCCUGGAUUCUGAUUUGCUAUAUAGAAACACAGUAUUUGGUGGUGAUGGUGGUUUGGUAGCCUUUUUUUUUUUUUUUUUUGUUUGUUUCCUAGCUGACUUGGGGAGUACCUAUGGAAAUUACAUCAGCAAUUAGAGAUCAUUGUCUCUUCUUUUUCUAUAUUUAUACCUUUAUUUCUCACUUACUGUCAAGAAUUAUGUCAAGUGGGAAAAGAGAAGGCUUUGCUUUAAAAAAAACAUAGUAUGCUAAAUUAAAGAUCUGACUUUCUCUUUCUGAUUCUAGAAUCACUGCAUUGUGGGAAGAUAACAAUGGACAGAUGUUUCAUGCUCACUGGUUCUGUUCUGGGAAUGAUACUGUUCUUGGGGCAACAUCAGACCCUUUAGAACUCUUUUUGGUAGAUGAAUGUGAAGACAUGGAGCUUUCUUACAUCCAUAGCAAAGUGAAUGUUAUUUAUAAAGCUCCCUCAGAAAACUGGUCUAUGGAGGGGGGCUCAGAUGUAGAACCCAAAAUGGUUGAAGAUGAUGGCAGAACCUAUUUCUACCAGUUCUGGUAUGAUCCAGACUAUGCAAGGUUUGAGUCUCCUCCUACAAUCCAGCCUACAGAGAAUAACAAAUAUAAGUUCUGUGCAAGCUGUGCCCAUCAGUCUGAAAUGUCAAAAAAGAAUGCCCUCAAAGUUUUAGAGCCUCUAAAAGAAGUUGAUGACAAAAUAUUCUAUAAUCUGGCAAUGAAAAAUGGCGUCCAGUACAGGAAAGGAGACGGAGUUUUCUUAUUGCCUGAGGCUUUUGGAUUUCUCUUCAAACCUCCAGUUAUAACCAGGAAGUUGAAAGAAUCAGUGAAUGAAGACCAAUAUCCAGAAUACUAUAGAAAACAAUCAGAUUACAUUAAAGGCAGCAACCUGGAUGCCCCUGAGCCAUAUCGUAUUGGCCAAAUCCAAGAAAUCUUCUGUGAAAAAGAAAGUAAUGGAACAGUUAUCAAACUCAGAAUUAACAAAUUCUACAGACCAGAGAAUACCCACAAAUAUCCCACAAACAAGUAUCUUGAGGACAUCAACCUAUUAUACUGGAGCUAUGAAGAAGCUGUUGUGAAUUUUGAAGAUGUGCAAGGGCGCUGUGUUGUAAAGUAUUAUGAAAUGACAGACCCCGUUGAGAAAUAUUGUCUUGGUGACAAGGAACACUUUUAUUUCCAAGAGACCUAUAAUGCAGAAAGGAAAAGUUUUGAAGAAGUUCCAAAAUAUGCCCGUGGUGAAAAGGAAAAAAGAAAAGAAAAAGGCAAAGGAUCAGGCAGAGGCAGUGAAAAACUUAUAACACUGGAACCAAUUCAAGAAAAGAAAGAAGUAAAUGUGCCCAAACUUCGAACUUUGGAUGUGUUCUCUGGCUGUGGAGGAUUGUCUGAAGGCUUUCACCAAGCAGGAAUAUCUGAAACACUGUGGGCUAUUGAAAUGUGGAAACCUGCAGCCGAGGCAUUCAUUCUGAAUAAUCCUCGGACGACUGUCUUUUCAGAAGAUUGUAAUGUUCUCCUGAAAAUGGUUAUGUCUGGGGAAAAGACCAAUUCUGUGGGCAAGAAGCUGCCUCAGAAAGGAGAUGUGGAAAUGCUUUGUGGUGGGCCACCCUGCCAAGGGUUUAGUGGAAUGAACCGCUUCAACUCGCUCACUUAUUCCAAGUUCAAGAACUCCCUAAUUGUCUCCUUUCUCAGCUACUGUGAUUACUAUAGACCUAAGUUUUUCCUACUGGAAAAUGUAAGAAACUUUGUGUCAUUCAAGCGUUCCAUGGUCCUGAAGCUGACCCUCAGAUGUCUGGUUCGAAUGGGAUAUCAGUGCACAUUUGGUAUAUUGCAGGUAGGUUCAUACCUGGAGGUGGGGAGGAAAGGAGCAAGUAGAAGAAGGUAACCAAGGAAAAUCACA